AUGGCGACGGCUUUUGAAACAGAAAUGGGUGUAUUACCCGAACUAUCUAAGGCGGUACAAGAAAUGGACUGGAUUUUACCCACAGAUAUACAAAGCGAAGCUGUCCCGUUGAUCCUCGGUGGAGGUGAUGUUUUAAUGGCUGCUGAAACAGGAAGUGGAAAAACAGGAGCAUUUUGUUUACCUGUACUACAAAUUGUUUACGAAACUCUGAAGCUUCUACAAUCUAAUAAACAAAGCAAAACUAAUGUCUUACCAAAAACUUCAAGUGGACAAAUGAAGCUGAAUGUUUAUGAUCGGACUGAGGCUAUGGCUAUAGAUAGUAACGGUCUGCUAUGUCAAAGUCGUGAUCCAGGUGGAUGGCAUGGAGCUAGAGCGAACCGUGGAGUAAAAAAUUCAGGUCGUUAUUAUUAUGAGGCCCAUGUUACGGACGAGGGCCUUUGUCGGGUCGGUUGGUCAACUUUGAAUGCAUCACAUGACGUUGGGACUGACGCUGAAAGUUUUGGCUUCGGUGGAACUGGCAAAAUGUCUCAUCGUCGACAGUUUGAUUCAUAUGGUGAACCUUUUGGGAAAGGAGAUACUCUUGGAUGCUUUUUAGACCUUGACAAUGGUGCUGUCAGUUGGUCGAAAAAUGGUAAAAUAUUUGGGAAAGCUUACGACAUCCCAGCUGCUUUACGUUCCAAAGGAUUAUUUCCAUCAGUGUGUUUGAAAAACGCAGAGUUAAAAUUUAAUUUUGGCGACAGCACAUUCAAUUUCCCACCUCCAAACGGUUGGACAGCAGUCAGCUUGUGCUCAGAGGCAAACAGAGUUGAAACAACAUUCAAGGCUACCGUAUCUGCUGCAACCAGCAAGCCCAAACCAAAUGCCCCACUCGCUCUAAUUAUCGAGCCUUCUCGUGAAUUAGCAGAGCAAACUUUCGAACAAAUUAAAAAGUUUAAACGUUAUUUAAAAGAUCCAAGUCCACGUGAAUGCUUGUUAAUUGGUGGUGCUAAUACUAAACAACAAAUGGAUGAAUUGCAUUCUGGAGUUGAUAUUGUUGUUGCUACUCCUGGACGUCUAGAUGAUCUUAUCUCAACACAAUCCCUUCUCUUGAGUAGCUGUCGAUUUUCGUCUUAG